GUUUUUUAUAGUGAUGAGAAUAGACUUUCCAAAGUUCUGAAAAAUAUUCAGACGGAUGCAAUUGGUUUAUUAAAUAUUUUCAACAAUUUAAUAAAUAUUAAAUUGUAUAUUUAUGCUUAAAGUAGUGCAAAACUAAUUAGACGAUAAACUGUGCAAUACUCAUCGUUGAAAAUGAAAAUAAAGGAAUUACAAAAAAUUGUAAAUAUUGCGUGGUCUCCCUUACCACAAAAUCCAAUAUAUCUCGCGGCUGGUACAGCUGCACAACAAUUAGAUUUAAAUGCGAAUUCUGCUUUAGAGAUUUAUUCGACAAAUUUUAGCGACCCGAGUUACGACCUUGAGCUAAAAGCCAGUCUUCCGAGUCAGUACAGAUUCCAAAAGCUUAUAUGGAGUUCAACUGGCUUCGAUGGAGCUCACAAAAAUGGUUUAAUCGUUGGUGGAUGUGAAGGUGGACACGUCAUGAUUUAUUCUGCUGCAAAAGUGCUGGCAAAUGAAGAGGGUUUAAUCGCACGUCAAGAUAAACAUAGUGGUCCAGUAACUGGUCUAGAUGUAAAUCCUUUCCAAACUAAUUUACUUGCUUCAUGCGCAUCGGAAUCUGAGAUAUUUAUUUGGGACUUAAACAACACGUCCACACAUAUGAAUCCAGGCACUAAAACUCAACCGUUGGAAGAUGUCCAAAAUGUUUCAUGGAACCGUCAAGUUCAGCACAUACUUGCAUCGGUAUUUAGUUCACGUUGUGUUAUUUGGGACUUACGGAAAAGUGAACAAAUAAUAAAACUUUCGGAUACGCAAUCUCGUGUACGUUGGCACGCUAUACAAUGGCAUCCAGAUGUAGCCACGCAAGUAUGGUUAGCAUCUGAAGAUGAUCAAGCACCUAUUGUACAAUUAUGGGACUUACGUUAUGCAACAGCUCCUGCGAAAACUAUGCAAAUUCAUCAACGUGGCGUGCUUGGAAUGUCAUGGUGCCCUCGUGAUAUUGAUUUAAUGGUUUCAUGUGGCAAAGAUAAUCGCAUUUAUUGUUGGAAUCCAAACACUGAAAUACCUGAGGGAGAAAUAUUGUCUGAAGUGGCAACAACAGCAACAUGGUACUCAAAUGUGCAAUGGUGUCCACGAAAUCCAGCCCUAAUUGCCAGCUCUAGCCUUGAUGGGAAUGUUUCCAUUUAUUCACUUUUUGGGGGUAGACAGCAACAAGUGCAAACUUCAAAUAAAAUUGCUGAUUCUUUUCCGGGUAUGGAUCAAUUAGCGCAAGCUCCAACACCACAACAAUCAGCCCCAAUUGUAUAUGAAGACUUAAAACGUGCACCGAAAUGGAUUAAAAGACCAUGUGCAGUUUCAUUUGGUUUCGGAGGCAAACUUGUGCAUUUUAAUUCCAAAUCAAAAACUGUGAAUAUAUCACAAGUGAUCACGGAACCGGAACUUGUUGAGCGUGCUAAUACGCUAGAGCGUUCCUUAGAAGAGGUAAACUAUGUUGAAUAUUGUCGACAACGUGCCGAUCAAAUGCCAGAUCAAAACGGACGUUAUCUUUGGUAUUUCAUAAAAGCCACUUUUGAACUGGAUCCUAAAGAAGAAAUGCUCAAUCUGCUAGGAUAUAAUAAAGAUGACAUUGAUAAUAAAUUUUCGAAAUACAUAAAAGAAGAUCAGCAGGCAGAAAAUGAUGUGGACCAGUUAACAAAUCAUAUUUCUACAUUGACACAUCAAAUUGUUGAUAAUAACGCUGUAUUUGAUGGCAUCGCAGCAGCGCAGAAACAAAUUGAAGCUGUGCAGAAACCGCUCGCUCAAUUUAAAAUUCCAUGUGGCGAACAUCCUGAUAGUUUGAUCACGGAGGCAUUGCUAACAGGCAAUCUAGAAGCUGCUGUAGAACUAUGCAUUGAAUCUAAGCGUACAACGGAAGCACUCAUUAUAGCCUCUUCAGCUGGUAUUGAAUUUCUGACAAAAAUACAAAACCGUUUGUUGCGAGAACAGAACACUGAACUUUCCAACGUAAUUUUGGCUUUAGUAACACGAGACUGGGUCGAUCUUGUUUCACGCUGUACAGUCGAUUCAUGGAAAGAAGUACUUAUAGCUGCAUUAAAACAUAGUGAACGAAAGGCUCUUGAUAUAUGUGAACGAUUAGGCGAUCGCCUAUUAAACGAAUGCUCGACAUCAAUUGAAUAUACCCAAACAGCUAUGUUAUGCUUUGUAUGUGCUGGUAACAUCGAUAAGUUUGUUACCGCAUGGUAUCAGCUAAAACACUUGGAAAAAGAAAACACAAGUUAUAAACCAAAUACAACAGAACUGCAAGAAUUAGCUGAAGUAGUAAUGUUGAUGAGCAAAUCAUUAGAAAGACAGGGCAUAGCUUUAGAUUUGAACGGUCGGUUUGCAGAUUUCAUCUCAGAAUACGGUGGGUUACUGGCUUCUCAAGGUGCACUCACAGCUGCUUUGGCAUAUAUUGUAGCAUUAGGAAAUAGUGAUCAUCCUGACGUAUAUGAUUUACGCGAACGCCUUCAUAAUAUAGUGCAUAGUAAGCCAACUAUGGCAUUACCAACACAAGGAUAUAAUCAAAUUCAACAACCGCAAACAAAUGUGUAUGGUCGACAACAGCAACAACGUGGCUCAUUUUCUCAGCCAAGCACCACUCACAAUUAUGGAAAUGCACCAAUUGCAAACAAUUUAUUACAAAAUCAGUAUGCAACAAAUACAUGGCAAACACCAGCAGCUGUACCGCAAAUGCCUGCAGCACCCGUGUUUAACCCUAUGCCAACAGUAAAUCCGGCGGUACCGCCUGGAGUAGCCAAACCAGCAACAGUACAACAUGAAGCGCCAUUAGCACAGCCUGCAAGACCAUCCAGUAAUGCCAGUUCGCAGGGCGGUAACAGUAACACUGCCGGUGGUAUAUUAUCACGUUCGAAAUAUGUGCUAGAUCCAUCAGUAGCAGCUCCAAUGGGUAGUUAUGGCAAUACAUACAAUCCCGCACCACCAGUUAUGCCCAUGCAAACACCUUACAAUAAUAAUGCUUUCAAUGCCAAUCCCAUUUCUGCAGCACAUGCACCUCUACAACAACAGCCUACUGUUAUGCAACCCAGUUCAUAUACAAACACACCUUAUGGUAAUGCUUACAUGCCUGGUGCAGCGCCUAUUGAAAAUCAACAAGUAGCGCCACCACCAAUGCAGAAUAUUCAAAGAAAUCCUACUCCACCACCAGGCUGGAAUGAUCCUCCAGCUUUGAAAACAACACGAGCGACCUAUAUCACAAGUAAUAAAGAGAUGCACGCAAAACAUGCCGGCACACGCAAAUGGCAAAAAAUAAUUGAUCAAGAAAAGGAUAAAGGCGUUUGUUUAAAUUCUAGCAAUUCCUUGAACUAUAAUAACGCCUUUUCGCCGAAUUAUUUUAGUCCUCUUUUUCAAGAAACGUUCUUAUAUCAGGCAAAAAAAGUUGAAACAAAUACUACGGCUUCGCCUAUCACACAUCCAUUGUUUGGUGUUGAUCCUAAUCAAAAUCAAAAUGGUUAUAUGGAUCCUAAUGCAGGAUAUCAGAAUAAUGCAAUGUCUGGUAUGCCACCUCCAAUUCCGACAGGGAAUAUGGGAGGUUAUUUAAAUCCCGCUGCGAAUGCAACCAUACAACAAAAUAAUAAUCCUAUUGGAAAUCGACCAUAUCCACAACAAACGAAUUUUGCACCAACUGGUGUGCCAACACAACCACAAACUUGGAAUACACAAACACAAAAUGUAGGAUACAUAGAGCAACCAGCACCCAUACAAAGGCAGCCAGAGCCUCCAAAAGAAAAGCCACCACUACCAGAAGAAUACAUAUACUUACAAACUGUAUUAGAAGAACUGAAAAAUCAAUGUUUGACAGCGGCAUCUGAUCCUCGUAUGAAAAGAAAAUUUGUUGAUGUUGUUAAACGAUUAGAAAAUCUUUAUGAUUGUUUGAGGGAGAGCAGGCUCAACCCGAUAACGAUAACAGCACUGAAUGAAAUAGUACAGUACAUACAAGUAGGUGACUAUGGAAAUGCUUUACAAACUCAUACUCAGAUAGCGUUUGGAUCAGAUUUUUCACAAUGUGCCGGCUUUAUGCCAGGCCUUAAAGUGCUCAUACAAUCAGCUUCCGAAUUACAAAUUUAUCUACGAUAAAAAGUUAUUCAAUUUAUAUGGAUACUUAUUAUGGAAUAAUAUCCUUAUUAACCAUUUAUGAUUAUGUUCAUUGUAGUAGUUUUAUUUUUUGUCUUAUUGUAUUUUAUUUUUAUUACAACUAAUUCCAUUUA